GUAGAACUUGAUUAAAAAUUAAAGAUCGAGACCGGUCGAAACGAUUGAAGAAUCAAUAAUGGAUUGUGCAAGAUUCAUCACGGAAGUGUCCGGCAGACGAAAAACUAGCAUGCUUCGCAAAACGACAAACGAUUUCUUGGAGAGACCUAACUCGAUCAAUCUCGCGAAUGGAAUGCCAAACAUUACCACGUUUCCCUUCGAAGAGAUCUCUGUGACGUACAAAAACGGCGAAAAAGUCAAAUUAGUGGGAGAUGAGUUGUCUUGCUCGCUUCAGUAUGGUUCUUCUCAAGGGUAUAAACCGUUACUGAAGAAGAUAAGGGAACACCAAAAGUACUGGUACGAGCCGAAAUAUACGAAAUGGGACGUAAUUGUAACGUCAGGAUCGUCGGAUGGGUGUAGCAUGGUUUUCGAUAUGGUCGUGGAACCCGGAGAUCCUAUAAUGAUUCAAGAACCCGUUUACAAUGGCACACUCAGUGUGCUUGGACCGAUAACGUCGAAAUUGAUCGGAAUCCCGCAGGAUCAGAACGGAAUAAUCCCGGAGGAGAUAACGAAAGUUCUCGAAGAGAGAUUGCGGAAUAAAGAAUCAAUGCCAAAGGUCCUCUACGUGAACCCGAUAGGAGCCAAUCCAACGGGGACGGUUUUGCCGGAAUCAAGAAAGAAAAGGAUCUACGAGUUGGCCCAGAUCUACGAUUUCUUGAUCGUCGAGGACGAUCCUUAUUAUUUCAUUAAUUUCCUCGACGAAAGGUCGAAAACGUUUCUCGAAUACGACACCGAUGGACGCGUGAUACGUCUGGAUUCUUUCAGUAAAAUUCUUAGCGCCGGGCUCCGUAUUGGUGUCGUCACAGCCCACGAGGAAUUUAUUAAAAAAUUGGUCAUGCACAACGAGACGACGUGUAUACAUCCGUCGUCUUUGUCGCAGAUGCUGGUGUACAAAUUCUUGGACAUGUGGGAUACGCAAAAGUUGCAGCAACACUUCGGCGAUAUUCAAAGGUUUUAUCGUGAAAGACGUGACAUUGCGUUGGCCUCGAUCCAAAAGCAUCUUACAGGAUUGGUGGAAUGGAACGUUCCGCACGGUGGAAUGUUCAUUUGGAUGAGGGUGAUUGAUUUGGAAGACGUGAUGGAGAUCGCGGUGAAGAAAUGCGUUUCUAAGGGCAUUUUUAUUCUUCCCGGUCACGCGUUCGUCUUGAACCCUACGAAACCCGAGCAACACCUUCGAAUCAGCUACAGCUAUUCGACUUCCGAGGAAAUAGAGAAGGCGAUCUCGGUGCUGGCGAGGGUGAUACGCGAAGAGAUCAAAGAGAAGUCUAGGAACAAGUCACAUUAAUGCAUCGUCCAAGGAAAUGUAAUAAAGG